CUUCAAAAACGGAAUCCACCUGGAUCCUGGCUCGGGCUCUCGGCCGUACUGCAAGAUUUUGCCUAAUCAUACAUCACGCUCUUUAGCUUAUCAGAAGUUUCACCAGUGGGCCUUUACAUGAGCCGCUACCCUCGACACACAAGUGCCCGCCAAAAACAAAGACGAGCAAGGUCCACUGCUUGCGCCACAUGCAUGUUUUACGAUAAUAAUCACCGUAUAGGCUGGGCCCAGCUUUGAGCUCCAAAGCGCGGCAGCAAUGACCAGGAAAAGUACCAGGCGCUCGGCCGCUACGGCCGGGGAUGGCCCAACUCCUGAGGGCGCGACGCUGCUGGACGUACUUCGUGCACUGGAUCUUGACACGCUCGGGAACAUGCUCUUUCGAGGGUACCGGAAGCAGUAUCUCGGCGCCCGCCUCGCGUGCAAGGCCCUGCGCGAUGCCUUCGACACCACCCAACGGAUGGUGUCCGUGACCGCCACGGACAAUAUAGCACGCGAAUGGCAGGCGGGACAGCGGUCGUAUCUGGCGCGCGCACCCCACUGCAGCCACCUGGUCGUGAAAGUAGCCACUUACCCAGAGAUCGAGGAGGAGGAGGAGGAGGAGGAGGAGGAGGAGGAGGAGGAGGAGGAGGAGGAGGAGGAGGAGGAGGAGGAGGAGGAGGAGGAGGGGGAGGGGGAGGAGGACAGUGAAGAUGGCUGCGGGCAGCGCGCCGCCGGCGCUGCGUACCCACACGACCAUCUGGCCCGACUGGCCCUGCUGGGCACCACUGCGGAGGGCCGCGCCAGCGUCAAGAACCUGAGGCUCACCUGUAACGGCUCUGGUCUCGAGCUCUCCAGCGUGGUCUCGGCGCUGCUGUCGCAACUGCCAGGGCUUGAAGCUCUGGACGCGGCCGAUUGUGUGUCCCCGGCCGGAAUGGGCAUUGGCGACCGCACCCGGCCCGCCGUGAUGCACCACGCCCUGGCCAGCUACGCGCCGCGGCUGGACCGGCUCUACCUGCCUUCCACUUCCGGCAUGCUGCACGGCUUGGGCGCGCUGGCGGCAUGCAGCGGCCUGACGCAACUCAGCAUCUUCGGGCGCUGUACCUUCGGAGGCACCUCUGGUGACCCGGCAGAGCUGGACGCUCAGGCAGUUGCCGGCUUGUCACAGCUGAUGCAUCUGAAGAACCUGCGGCUGCUUUGCCAUGACCCCAGCGGCGGCACCCAUCUCGCUGCGUUGCUGGGCGGCCGCCGGCCGCCUAGCCUGCAGUCGCUGGGGCUCACGUGUUCGGUGCACGUGAUUGCGGCAGCCGCCAGCGCGCGCGGCAGCGGCCGCAGUGCUGGUGGCAGCGGCGGGCGCACGCAAAACCUGCCAGCUGUGUCCAUGGGCGUUGAGGCGGGGCCGGGCGGACCUGGGCGCAUCGUCAACGUUGUAACAGACCCGCCUGGCAGUCACGUUCCCGGUCCGUCAGGGCUGGACCUGCUGUGCCAAGUGCUGGUCGCCGCCACCGACCGGCUUCCGCCUCACUGCCGCCGGCUCCAGAUGCUGUAUCUCCAAUGCUUCGACAUGUCCUGCUGGGCUGCCUCGGAGGAGCAUCUGCACCAGAGCCUGGGGCCGGAGGGGCCGGUGCCGGUGCUGCUGGAACGUUGCGACCGCGUAGGGUUGGGGCUUCUGGAGCUGCGGGAGGCGAGAGCGCAGGCCGCGUGCGCCGUGCUGCGCGUGCUGGGCAUGCCGGCGAGGCUGAGGCUGCGGCACGGCUGCCUUGACCUGGAAGCCUCAGCGAAGCCGCAGCCGCAGCCGUUGCAGGCGGGAGAGCCCCGGUCCCUGUCGUCGCUACGGCUGGAGACCGCGACGCCGGAUGCGGUCCUUCGGGAGGCUGUGGAGCGCCUGUGGCGGGCAGCGACCGAGCAAGCAACCGAUCAGCACACUGACGGCGAGAGCGUUGUCUACAGCGACAUCGACAGCGUGGACUGGCGCUGUUAUAACGCCAGUAGCAGCAAGUUCGUGCUGCUGCGCGGGGUCCCGCAGCUGCCGGCUGUGGCUGACAGCGGCGGCGGGGACGUGCACAAGGCGCUGGGGCGCUGGUUGGACGGGCUGGCUGGACUCGCCCCGCCUGCAGACGCGCAAGCGCCGGCGGCACGGGCUGGGGCAGAGGCGGGGCCGAGCGCAGAGGACGCUGGGUUGGGGCUGCAUGUCGGGCGUCCAAGCAUCCAUGUCAGCGCCCUUUGCGCCAACACCUUUGUGUGCACGUGUCGAUCGGGUGACGAUGCGGAGGAGCUCGUGGCGGCGCUUGCACCAGCCGGCGCGGCGGCGCCUACAAGCUGGAGUUGCGUGGGGCGCUCCGGGGGCGGUGAGGUGGGAGGCAUGCAGGGAGCCGAGCCCCGCCGCCCCGCCCCAGCCGUAUCCGCAGCCGCCCGAAUAGCAGCGCAUGUCCCACGCCGUCUACCAGGCGCUAGGGCGUACAACAGCACUUCCCUCGUCAAGAGAGCAGUGCUGCAGGUGCUCUCUGAGCUGUGGCACCGGCCGCCGGCGGACGAUGCCCGUGGCCGUCGGAGGAGCAGCGCGGGAGGAGCGAUGCCAGCGGCGGCGGCAGGAGGCCCCAGCGCGGGGCAGCUGGGCGGCGCGGCCGUUGGGCGCAUACGGCAAGUGCUGGAUCUCGAUCUGGCGCUGACGCGGCAGUGGCGUGCCGUUCACACGCUGAGCAAGGCUCUGAACUUGCCGGAUGUGGACGCGGAAACGAGUGACGGUGAUGCUAGUGAGUAGCUUGCAGGGUGGGGGUGGGGGUACAUGGUGCAUGCUGGGGUUGCUGUGGUGUCAUGGUAUUGAUAGCCGGAUUCUGUGCGUGUGCAUCGGCGCGCUGGCCUCAUGGGCAGGUGCAGCGGUUUUGCUUGCUGUGAGGGACCUGAAGGCCGGCAUUGACCACCAUUGCUUUCGCCGUCUUGUGUGUGGUUGCGGCACCGGCAUUGUCGUUGCCGAGUCGCAUGCUGUGUGUGUCAUUGCUGUGUGUGUUAUGGUGGGAAAGCACAAGCAGGAGGGCGUUGAUACCGCGCAUGCGAACGUUGGGCUGUGUUGUUACUGGUGCUGACUGGUUUGCGUGCGGUGAAUCUUCAUUGUAUGCGCUUGAUAAACAUCGUUGGGCCGUUGGGCCUGUCUAGCGCACGGUGGGUUGUAGGGGCGCUGCUACCGAAUAGUUUGUUCAUGUGGUUGCGUGCGACGGGACAGGGUAAGAUGAGGGUUGGCGCAGCAGUAAUUACCGCUGUGUCAAGCGCCUCGAAAUGAAGAAUAGAGGCAGUAACGGAGCCGUGGGUCCGGCUGCGCUAUUAAGAUGAUAAGGGCAUGG